AGAGAGGGUUUUUUUUUUUAACAGGGUUGUGUUGUGUUGGUUUUUCAUUUGUUUGUUGGUUUGGUUGCUGGGAAGUGGGGUGUGGGGGAAAGAAAGUUGGGGUUCUCUUUCUUCUAACUUGAAAAAGUUUUGAUUUUUUCUUGUGGGGUUUGAGGGAUUUAGGGUUUGGAUUGGUGGGUUGUGAGUGGAGUCAGCAACCAUGAAUAUGAUGCGAAGGUUGAAGAGCAUUGCUUCUGGGAGGACUUCUAUUUCUUCAGAUCCUGGAGGGGAUUCUAACUCGAAAAGAGCCAAGUUUGAACAAGAAACUGAAGUGAAGCCUGUUGAGAAAUCAAAUAUUGUUGAAACAAUCUGCACAGAUCAGGAUCAGCCUGUUGAUGCACCAAAAGAAACUACAGUUGGCAUAUCUGAUGUAUCUACAGUAGCUAGAACUGAGAAGUCAGGCUAUGAUGAGCUUCCCAAAGAAUUAAAUGAAAUGAAAAUUAGAGAUGAGAAAAGCAAGAACAACAAUGACAAGGAUAUAGAAGCAACUGUUGUGAGUGGUAAUGGAACAGAAACAGGUCAAAUAAUAACAACUGCUAUUGGUGGUCGGGAUGGACAACCAAAGCAGACAAUCUCAUACAUGGCUGAACGUGUUGUUGGCACUGGUUCUUUUGGUGUCGUUUUUCAGGCUAAGUGCCUUGAGACUGGUGAAGCAGUUGCCAUAAAGAAAGUGCUGCAAGACAAGAGAUAUAAGAAUAGGGAACUCCAGGUUAUGCGCACAGUUGACCAUCCAAACGUUGUUAAACUAAAGCACUGCUUCUUUUCAACCACCGACAAAGAUGAAUUAUACCUUAACUUAGUUCAGGAGUAUGUACCUGAAACUGUCUACAAAGUUUCAAAACACUAUGUUAGGAUGCACCAACAUAUGCCCAUGAUUUAUGUGCAACUGUAUACAUACCAGAUAUGCCGUGCAUUGAAUUAUUUACAUCAAGUUAUCGGUGUUUGUCACCGUGACAUCAAACCCCAGAAUCUACUGGUAAAUCCGCAGACACAUCAGUUAAAGAUAUGUGAUUUUGGGAGUGCAAAGAUGUUGGUGCCUGGUGAGCCCAACAUAUCAUACAUUUGCUCUCGAUAUUAUAGAGCUCCUGAACUUAUAUUUGGGGCAACUGAAUACACUACCGCCAUUGAUAUGUGGUCUGUUGGUUGUGUUUUAGCUGAGCUACUUCUAGGACAGCCAUUGUUUCCUGGUGAAAGUGGGGUUGAUCAGUUAGUAGAGAUAAUCAAGAUCUUGGGAACUCCAACCAGAGAAGAAAUAAGGUGCAUGAAUCCCAACUACAAUGAAUUUAAGUUUCCUCAGAUUAAAGCUCAUCCAUGGCACAAGGUUUUUCACAAGAGAAUGCCACCUGAAGCUGUGGAUCUGGUGUCAAGGCUGCUUCAGUAUUCUCCAAAUCUACGUUGCACUGCUUUGGCUGCUUGUGCACAUCCAUUUUUUGAUGAACUGCGGGAUCCAAAUGCAUGCUUGCCAAAUGGGCGACCCCUACCUCCUUUGUUCAACUUCACAUCUCAUGAACUGGCAAAUGCACCUGAAGACUUGCGGCGCCGCCUCAUUCCUGAACAUGCAAGGAGUUGAAUCAACCUUAAAGAUUAAACAUAUCUGGGGCAUUGUAAAUGUGUUUUGAAUGAAUAGAGAGAUACCCUCACCGGCAUCACAACCAGGUCUGUUCUUCAGCCUCUUCUGCACAAGUCACAACUAUGACUACUACACAAGUGAGAAACAUGAACAAAACCUUGAAAGUUUUAUCAAGGAACAUGUAUAAAAGACCUGCAGGUGACUCAAAAUGGAUAAAAUGUCACUGCCUGGUUUACAGGGUAGCAACCCUUUUUAAGUAGUUUAUAAUUUGGUGCCUCUGUUGUGAAAGAUAAUGAUUUCUAACUGUUCUGUAAUCAUGUUUCCAUAUAGUUCAAGUUCGUUUAUUACUUUAUUCCUUGAAGUGGACUAAGUGGAAUCCUCAAUUGAAAAGGCUCAGCUUUUCCACUA